CGGGUCAAUUGGUUAUAAGAAACUUCCAAGACCUGCCAUUGCCAAGUCGGUUUCUCUCUCACUAUUCCAAACAUUCUUUCUUGUCGUCGUCGUUCUGUUUUCCACUUUCUCGCUCUUUACCGCUGGUCGGCUCUUUUCUACAGUCCCUCCUUUCCCCCCAGCAUAGUCACAUUCACGCUCUUUACUUUUCAUCCAGCAUCUCGGGAGAUCAAAAUGCUUGUCAAAUCCACUGCUGUCACCCUGCUGGUGGCUGUUGGUUCGGCCUCAGCUGCCGUCAUGUCAUACGGCAAGGAGUCGGUGAUGAGGGAGGACCCCGACUUUGGCCUCUGCCUUCCGACUAUGAAAUUUGAGGGUGGUCUUGGUGGACGAUCAUCGGUGGACUUUACCUUCUUGCCUACCGAUACGUUGUGUGCUCGUGGUCAGCAAGAGACCACCAACCCAAAUAUCAUUACCAACCGAAUCUGCGACCAGCUCGCCACCGUCUGUGGAGCAAACGAGGCCGCAAAGGCUCUUUGCCGCGAGUCUCAGGCCAAGAUCCGAGCUUUGGGAACUCGCGACAGAUCCACCGCUGAGACCUGGAACACUCUCAUGGGCUUUGGCGGUGCCUUGACCAACCCUGACGGCGGAGCUCCGGCGCCAAACGCCGUCAAGGACGACCUGAAGAAGAGAGACACCAAGGAUGUGGAAAAGCGAGCUCCUAUGAUCUACUGCUCUGCCACCGAGUGGAUUGAUGACUGCACUGGAUGGCCUGCUCCUGAACCUGUUGUGAAGAGAUCCGAAGAUGCUGCUCCUGCUGCCCCCGUGGUCAAGAAGCGUAGUGUGGAGCCUGCUGCGGAGCCCGCGAUGAAGAAGAGGUCGGAGGAGAAAGCCAAGAGGGCAGACAUCCCAAUGAUCUACUGUUCGACAACCGAGUGGAUCGAUGACUGCACCGGGUGGCCAUAGAGGAUUUGUUGCAAGACUCAGAGUGGCCGGUGUCGGGUGUCUUUAACCAGGUCGGACAGUGAGGGAUCUGGGAAAGGCAUUGGAACGGGUUGGUUGUUUUUCAAAGCUGCCAUGGCUAUCAUUGCAUUACUAUCAGAUUUGUGUCAACAUAGGCCGCGUCUAGAUGUCUCCCAGAGGCCGUGGGACAGAGACAAUGAAACUGGAAUCAGAAUGACUGACCUCAAACCAUGAAACUGGCGAGACUCGUCAGGACAAGGACCUACGCAGAUUCUGUGGCCGGAUGGGCCGUCGAAGUGCCGAAAUAAUAUGCCAUAUGUUCCGGGAAGAGAUCCCGAUCCGAUGACUGGAGUUUGUGG